UACAAAUCCUCAGCGAUCAGUAGACUUUUCAAAUCAUUAAUUAAUAAUGGCUUACAAAGUUUUUCUUUUUGCUGCGGUGAUAGCUGUUGGCUCUGUUAAAGCAGCAGUAGUUCCAGUUGCACCGGCAGCUCCAGUUGCACCAGUUUUAGCUAAACUUGAAGAUUUUGAUGCAGUACCACAAUACAGUUUUGCUUACGACGUCCAGGAUGCACUGACUGGUGACUCAAAGGCUCAGUAUGAAACCCGUAAUGGAGACAUAGUCCAAGGAAGCUACAGUUUAAUUGAAGCUGACGGUACCCGAAGAAUUGUUGACUACACGGCUGAUCCAGUCAAUGGAUUUAAUGCAGUUGUAAAUCGUGAACCAGCAGUUGCUGUUGCUCCUGUUGUUGCUAAGACAGCAAUUCCAGCAGCUCCAGUUGCUGCUAAAGUUGUCGCACCUGUGGCUCCAGUCGCUGCACCAGUUGUUGCUUCUCCAUAUGCGGCUCCAGUCGCUGCGCCAGUUGUCGCUUCUCCAUAUGCAGCUCCAGUUGUUGCAGCGCAAUACAGAGCUCCAGUUGUCGCUUCGCCUUACGCGGCUCCAUUUGUUGCUGCUCCAUAUGCAGCUCCAGUUGUUGCGAGAAGUUUCCCACGUGCGGUUGCUACGAGACUCUCUGCUCCAGUUUACUCUGGACCAUUCAAUUAUGCCGUCGCACCCACUACUGUAUUUUAAUGAUUGUUAUUUUUGAUGUUUGUUUUAUACUAAUAUGG